AUGGUCACAGAAGAGUCAAAUGUGAUUGCUGGUGUUUUGAACGACUUGAUGAAAAUUGAACAAUCUACAGAAGUAUUGGGAGUCGAGGGCGAUCUUCAGCUCGAUGAGGGCGAGGAGAUUAGGUUUGUGGUCCUUAAUGAGAGUUUUGGUCAUCUUUUUGGCGAGGCUAUCACCUAUGCCUCGUAUGUUCCAAAUGAAGGCACUAAUCAUUUUUUGUUUUUGUGGCGUGUGCUUCGACGCACUUUAUUUUUCUUCGCUGGGGAGGUAGAUGGGAGGGCAAUUAUAGGUUCCUGGGUAGAGAGAGAAGGAGGUGGUUCCGAGGCUUGGGGAAGGGGGCGUGAGGUUCCCUUGUCAGAGGUUCCCUUGCCGGCUUCUAAACCUUCUAAGGUUAGAGCAUGGAAAGAGUUGGAAAGGGUCAGAGAGAAAUUGUCCUCAGAAUCGAAGGAACAUGUCUCCACUAAAACCUGA